UUAAGCCGGGACACACCGGAUCUGUUUUGGACAUGAGGAGGCAGCCGCGCUCCUUUUCCUAAAGGAUAAUUUUGGCAGGGAGACUGGGAACACCUGCUGCCGGUGCCGCCAUGAGGGCUGUGCUCUGGGACCUGCUGCUGCUCUGCCUCUUUGCCCGGGCACGGGGCGACUGCCGGGGGGACUGCCUGCGCUGCGACCGCCACCUCUACCGGGACAGUUUUGACGUCCUCGUCUGCAUCCUGGAGUGCGAAGGCGAAGCCGUGCCGCGGGCCACCUGGGAGCUGUGCGCCGCCGCCGCCGGCCGAGCUGCCCCGCGGCCCCGUGACCUCCAGGACGCCGGCGAUCCCUGGCACGGCGCGGCGGCGCCGGCGGUGCCGGUGAGCCCGCUGCAGGUAAGCGAGCUGCUGCGGCACCGGGAAGCCGAAGACGAAGGCGUCGAACCGGCGCCGGAUGCCUUCCCGCAGCCACCCGAGGACAUUUCCCGACGACUCGGCGGUUUCCCGCGAGGGACGCGCGGCUCGUGGCCGGCGCCGACGGCCAGGGGGGUGCAGAAGCGAUACGGGGGCUUCAUCGGGGUCCGCAAGUCGGCGAGGAAGUGGAACAACCAGAAGAGGUUUAGCGAGUUCCUGAAGCAGUACCUGGGCAUGUCGCCCCGCUCCAGUGAGUACGACAUUGCCGGCGGCAUCAGCGAGCACAACGAGAUCUAACGGAGACCCGCGCCGCCCGGCUAGGUCCGCCAUGGCCAAAAAAGUCAACCCUCUACCCCUCUACACCACAUGUCCAUAGGUGCAAAUUAAAAAAAAGGGGCCAAAAAAAAAAAAAAAAUUUGGAAAUGGCUUGAAAAGGUCGAAUUGGAGACCGGGGAGGGAUGCUGAGGGCGGCUCGUCGGCGUCUCGGCAUCCGGAGGGUGCUCGGGGAAAGGCCCUUUGCUGUCAGCCUCCCCCCGCCCCGCCAGGGAGGAUGGGCAAAAGGCUUUUGUCCUCGGCUCCAAAGAGGUCUGAAGGAUGGUUCAGCUCCCCCCAAAAAGCAGGAAAAAAAAGAAUUUAAAAAGUAGAAAAUCUAAAAAUAAAACCAUUUUAAAAAUUGAAAAAUUAAAAUAAAUCUUAAAAUCUGAAACAAAAAUUUAAAAAUUACAAUAAAGUGGAAGCUUUUCCUUUUAGAAAUUAAGUAAUUCCUCCCAGAACACUCCAGCUUCACAUUGCCAAAUUGAGCAGCGGGUUAACCCCACGCUGCCGCUCCCCGG